AUGGCUGGGCGCGCGUUCGCCGUCCUGCUGCUCUGCGCGGCCCGGUGCGCCGGCGCCGGCGUCGACAUCAGCUUCGAGGUGAACGACCUCUCGGUCGCCGGCGACGAGUUCGUCGUCAGGCUGAGUAUAGAUCGAGAGCGCCUCGUAGUCGAUGACGACGUCGCCGCGCUCGUGCGGGACGGGCUGCGCCGCGUGGUGGCGGGUCGGAUCUCCGACGACCACGUCGCGACGCUGGUGCCCGCGGCGCUCGCCGAGGCGCGCGACGUCGCGGCGGCCCAGGUUGCGGCCGAGGCGCCGAUCCGGGCGCUGCUGACGCCGACCGCGGCCGUCGGCGCGGCGUUCCGCUGGGGCGACCGCGCGGACGGCCUCGCGGCCCACGUGGCGUUCGCAGUCCGCGCGGCGCGGCGCGGGCUCUCGGCGCUGACGGCGCCGGACUACCGGGGCGCGCUGGACAUCGUGGGCAUGUCGGACGCCUACGGCCGGCACCUCCUCAACAACCUGCUGAACGCCGCCGGCUCGCGGUACUUGGAGAUCGGCACCUUCAAAGGGAGCACGCUCGUCGCCGCGAAGCGCCCGCGCCAAAAUCAAAUCUUCAAGGCGCUGGCCGGCAACGAAUUUCAGGUCGACCGCGCGCUGGCGGUCGACUCGUACGCGUUCGGCGGCGACGCGACGUUCGUCGGGGACAUCAGACAGUCGGGCGCCGAGGUGCGCGACGAGGCGCUCGCGAACCUGGAGACGUUCCUCGACCCGCGCGCGGCGGACCGCCGGGAGCUGCGCGUCGCCGACUGCUUUUCCGUGGACGCGGCGACGAUCGGGCGCUUCAACGUGUACCUCUACGACGGCGACCACGAGUACGACGACCAGUUCCGCGCGUUCACGCACUUCGACGAAGCCCUCGAGGACGUCUUCGUGGCGCUCGUCGACGACUGGAACCACGAGCCCGUCCGCCUGGGCACGCGAGACGCGUUCGCUCGACUCGGCUACGACGUCGUCUACGGCGAGGUGCUGGGGGGCGGGCGCGCGAACGGCGCAUCCAUCAACGAGCACAGCGUGCUCAAGUUGCCGAACCCGUGGUGGAACGGGCUCUACGUCGCGGUCGUCCGGAAGAUGAAGGCGCACGCGGAAUUAUAUAUAUCCAAGUCGCUCUACGCCGAGGCGCACUGUCCCGGCUACGACGACGUCUUCGUCGUGCGCCUCGCCUGCGACGACGAGCGCGUCGAGGAUGGCUACCACCGCUUCUUCAUCGAGCGGGCGGAAGCCUGCGGCGGCCCACCGUUGGCGUCGAUCGUUGGCCGCGUCGACCUGCUGCGGACGACGGCGACGACGCUACUCGGCGGCGCCCUCGACGGCAUCCUCGACCGCGUCGACGCUCUGCUCCUCGACGACGUCUGCUUCUCCGAUGGCGCGGCCUUCUGCUUCGUCGGCGCCGAGCUCGUCGAGGCCGUCGUGGCGCCGCCGCGGUCCGCGGGCGCCGUCGUGCCCGUGGCCUGGUCCCUCUACGCGGACUCGGACCGCGACAUCAUCGUGAUCUUCGACGUAGCGGUCGCGGCGGGGCCCGGCGUCGACGCGGCCGCGACGGCGGCCUGGCUCUGCGCCGAGUCGGCGCCCCGCGUCUACCUGCGGACGCCCUGCGUCGCGGGCGACGUCGCGCGGCGCCUCGACGCGGCGGAGCCGCGCCUCGUCGACGUCACGCUGCGCCGGCCGAUCCGGAUGUACGACAAGCACGACGGCUCCUGGGUGCGCACGGGCGUGGGCACCUACGCCCAGACGGCCGGCGCGGCGCCGCCAAAGAUCGACGUCUGGUCCGGCGUCGCCAUGGUCGCGGCGGAUACGGACUUUGGGGGGUUGGGGUGCCGGCCGGCCGAGGCGGCGCGCCAGCGCGUCGCGGUGCUCUUCGUCGGCGAGGUGCGGUUGCGGGACGCUGACAGCUUCCGCGCGCUGCAGGACGCGACGGCGGGCUGCGACGGCUUCGUUGCGACGUACGCGCGGCAUUUCCCGACGGCUCGCGAGCUGUUCGGCCGCCCGGACCGCGUCGUCGGCGUCGACGGCGCCGUCGCCGCCUGCGAGAUCUGCGGGCAAAAAGGCGGCGGACGCUUGAUCUCCUGGGUCCAGCUCCAGGCGGCGCUCGACGCCUUCGAGCCGGAGCUGCGACGCUACGACGUUUUGGUGAAGACGCGGACGGACCUCGAUUUCCAUCCUCCUUACGCGUCGCUCGUCCCCGCGGUCGGCCGCGUCCACGCCGAGAUUUUUGUCGAGGUCGCCUACGCGGCGCCGCCCGUCUUCUAUGCCGCCUUUGGGAACUGCGUCGACCGAUUGAUCAAGCCGUGGUUCGCGCGCGGCGACGGCUUCGGGUUCUCCCGACGCAACUCGACGCGGCCGGUCUACGUGCCCCUGAAUUGGACGAACGCCCUCGAGAGCGACCUCACGGCGCUGCGCUGGCGCUGGCUCCACGUGCCCGAGCGCCUCGGCGGCGCCAUCGCGACGCCGCGCGAUUUAAAGCGCGUCAUCUUCGACCAUCUGCCCGAGCUCGAAGGCGCCAGAACGGGCGAGCCGGCGGUCCUCGCCGACGCGAUGGAGGCCUGCGCCGUGAACGAGUUCGCGUCGGCAUUGUGCGGACAGUUCGGCCUCUUUUCCUCCGAGACGUUCAUGGCCUACGCCAUUCUCCAAGCCGCGCCCGCGUGCCUCAUCGCCGGGCGGCAGAACCUGUCGCCGGGCAAUCUCUACAGCCUCGCGGAGGACCGCCACGCCUUCACCUGGGCCGCGGACGACGACGAAGCGUGCCCCUACGCCUUCGACGGCGGCGCGGCGCCGCCGGCCGCAGACGUCGUGCCCGGGUUCGCGAGCUGCGCCUACGCCGCAACCUUCGACGAUGCCACGCGGGUGUCCGUGACCAUCGACGCGACGGCCGACGCGGCGAAUGUCGAACGCGCCGCCCAGGACCUCGCGCGCGCGAUCCCGGCCGCCGUCGCGGCCGCCGCGGCCGCCGCGGGCUGCGGCGCCGCGUGCCGCGAGGCGCAGCUCGCGGCCAACAUCGAGGGCGAGCGGCGGGCCUGCUUCGCCGCGGCGGCGAAGCGGGCCGCGGACGUUGCGAGCUCCGACAUCGCGUCGAUCGAUCUGUAUGCCUCUGAAGUAAAAAAAUAA